CGGCAAAAUCUUCAGUUGAUGACAUGCAUUAGAGGUGAAUGGCUUAUCGGACGUUGCAGAUGCAGCUUGUGAAAGAUAGCAACAAAAAGAUUACCGGUACAUUGACCAAAGCGGAAAGACAUUGUGCAUUUUAGCAAUGCAAAUCCGAGUUGAUAAAUAGAUGCAAGCCUGCAAUGGAGAACCUAGUGUCAAAAAAUAUAGUAACAGCUUAAGUUAGUAAAGAAAUAAACUUUCGGCGAACCUGUAGACGUUAUGUAACACAGUCUUUAUAAACUUAGCUGUCAUUGAACCAGCUGCAGAUAAUGAUAACGACUUUUACCUUAACAUAAUCGAUUUGGGAUCUAACACAAAAGCAUCAGUUUGCAUUAACGUCCUUGCUUGAGUUAAGCAUAUUAAGUCACCUGGUUUAAAUUUUUUCAUUGGAUUUUCCACCUUGACUUGUGAUUAAUGGAAGCUGGUGAAAAGGUCGUGGCCUUGACUCCACCGUGUGAAAUUACCUGCGGCAGACAUUUGGCAAUAAUUUGAACUGGAACAGUGUGGCUGCGCCCGCGACUAAGUCUGCACUCGAGACAAGUGAAGUUCACCAGCUAUGAUGGUUGCGGUGACCGCUGGACUGUGGUUGUUGUGUCUGGUUGCUGUCGUGGAUCUCCAAGAAGCUGUGGACACAGAAUGUUGUUCAGACGCAGCAGCAGACGAUGCUCAAACCACAGAAGAGACUCAGCAGGAGUUAGAUGUGGAACUGGAGGAAGCCUGUCCUGAACUCAGCGGUCAGAUCAUUGGAGGAAGACCGACUUCAGUGAACAGGCAUCCUUACCAAGUGUCCAUGGUGUUGAAUGGGAACUCCUUCUGUGGCGGGUUCAUCAUCAGCCGGGACUAUGUGCUGACUGCCGCUCAUUGUGUACAGAACACCUCUCCCAACGCCAUCCGUCUCCGUGUCGGCAGCACCCGUCGUGACACCGGCGGGCGCAUAGUCCGGGUCACCAAUGUGACCGUCCACCCUCAGUACGGGAGACCACAGUUCGACAAUGACAUAGCUGCUCUCAGGCUAGCUCGCCCUCUGAACUUUAAUGCUAAUAUCAGACCCAUCAGGCUGCCGCAGCCGAGGCAGGCCGUACCUCUGGUGAGGCUCACUGUGACUGGGUGGGGCCUUACUGCUGUGGGAGGACGUCGUAUCCCCCGUAACAUGAUGGAGGCGAAUGUGCCCGUAGUGCCGCACUGGCUCUGUCGCCUCUCCUACGGGGAGUCUCUCACCAACAACAUGUUCUGUGGCGGACACUUCCUCAUCGGAGGAGUGUCGUCUUGUCAGGGUGACUCCGGAGGACCAGCGGUGUUCCGUAACACUGCCUUCGGCGUGGUAUCAUUCGCCAGGGGCUGCGCAUUACCGCUAUCACCGACCGUCUUUACCAACAUCGCCUCUCUCAGGACUUGGAUCACAGACAACACAGGCGUCUAACCCAAACACAACCUUAUUCCAAACACCGUAGAUUUAAAUUCCAGCAACACUGUGAUAGAUAAAUGUGUAGAAUCCAGCAGAGCUUAAGUUAUCCCCGUUACUUAGUCGCGUCCUGGCUGCGAGCCAGUUAGCUUUCCGAUUGCUACAAAAUAUGGUUUUUGUAAUUUUGUAUCCGCGAUUAAGCUACUGUAUUAUAGGAUUGUAUUGUAUUAAGAUUUUUUGAACUUAUUCCAAGUUUUGUUAACAUUUAAGUAGCGGGAUAUUGAGACCAUAGCUUCAACUGGAUUUUCUGAUGUUUUUAACAAUGUAUAUAGGAUGGUCAUGUUACUAUAUUUUAAAACAAUGAGCUCUGCCUAGACUGUAUUUAAGCGUUAUGUUUAAUUUAUUUUUGUAUCGAAAUGUUUUGUAUUAAAGAUUUUUACCAAUAUACUUGUAUUUUAAUUCCUUUUAUUUUCAGAAUAAUUAAAUAAAGUUCAUGUUGUCAAAAUUAAAAUUGGAUGAAAAAUAAAAUCAUUUUACAGUGA